UCCUCAUUCAUCAUUCUCAUAAGUAGAGUGUAUCAUUCAAGCCAAGCAAGCAGUGGUCAAUACAAAUCCACCAUGAAGACCUUUCUCAUCCUUUCCCUCCUUGCUAUCGUGGCGACCACUGCCACAACUGCAGUUAGAUUUCCAGUGCCACAAUUGCAGCCGCAAAAUCCAUCUCAGCAACAACCACAAGAGCAAGUUCCGUUGGUGCAACAACUACAAUAUCCAGGGCAACAACAACCAUUUCCACCACAACAGCCAUAUCCGCAGCCGCAACCAUUUCCAUCACAACAACCAUUGCCGCAACCGCAACCAUUUCUGCCACAACUACCAUAUCCGCAGCCACAACCAUUUCCACCACAACAACCAUAUCCACAACCGCAACCACAGUAUCCGCAACCACAACAACCAAUUUCACAGCAACAAGCACAACAAGCACAACAACAACAACAACAACAACAACAACAACAACAACAACAACAACAACAACAACAACAACAACAACAACAACAACAACAACAACAACAACAACAACAACAACAACAACAACAACAACAACCGUCGAGCCAGAUCUCCCUCCAGCAGCCUCAACAACAGUAUCCAUCAGGCCAGGGCUCCUUCCAGCCAUCUCAGCAAAACCCACAGGCCCAGGGCUCUGUCCAGCCUCAACAACUGCCCCAGUUCGAGGAAAUAAAGAACCUAGCGCUGCAGACGCUACCGGCAAUGUGCAAUUUCUACAUCCCUCCAUAUUGCUCGACCACCAUUGCGCCAUUUGGCAUCUUCGGUACUAACUGAGAAGAUAAGAACUCUAGUACUAGAUAUAUAUGAAACACCGUUUCCUUAGUCCAUGGUUUGGUCGUUGUAGCGGUGAAAAAAUAAAGUGGCAUGCACUAUCAUGUAAGAACCCAAACUAUACUAGUUCAAACUUGGGAAUAAAAGACAAACACAU